CGGACCCUCUAGCUGCCGGUUACAUUCCAACCGCCUGGAGCUUCCCGCGCGCCUCUCCCCUCCCCCUCCCGCGGCGGCCGCCCGGUGUCAUGGCUUCCUCCGAGGUCGCUCGGCAGCUGCAAAAUGAUAAUUGUCGACCCUUAUCUUUGUCUGGCCAUGUUGGUUUUGAUAGCUUACCAGAUCAGUUGGUUAACAAAUCCGUCAACCAGGGCUUCUGCUUCAACAUUCUUUGUAUUGGGGAGACUGGAAUUGGAAAAUCAACCUUGAUAGAUACUUUGUUUAACACCAGUUUUGAUGACCGCGUAUCAACACAUUUUCAACCGAAUGUAAGACUCAGAGCUCAGACGUAUGAACUCCAGGAAAGCAAUGUUCGAUUGAAACUGACCAUUGUAAAUACAGUGGGAUUUGGUGACCAGAUAAACAAAGAAGAUAGCUAUCAGCCAAUAGUGGAUUACAUAGAUGCACAAUUUGAGGCCUACCUCCAGGAAGAACUGAAAAUUAAACGCUCCUUAUACAACUACCAUGACACUCGCAUCCAUGUCUGCCUCUAUUUUAUUUCACCUACAGGCCAUUCCCUUAAAACGCUUGAUUUGUUAACCAUGAAGAAUCUUGACAGCAAGGUGAACAUUAUACCAGUCAUAGCCAAAGCAGACACCAUUUCUAAAACUGAACUACAGAAGUUUAAAAUCAAACUCAUGAGUGAAUUGGUUAGUAAUGGAGUCCAGAUAUACCAGUUUCCAACAGAUGAUGAAACCAUUUCUAAAAUUAAUGCCACUAUGAAUGGACAUUUACCAUUUGCUGUAGUGGGGAGUAUGGAGGAAAUGAAGAUUGGAAACAAAAUGGUGAAAGCUCGACAGUACCCUUGGGGCAUUGUACAAGUGGAAAAUGAGAACCACUGUGACUUUGUAAAGCUUCGUGAGAUGCUUAUUUGCACAAAUAUGGAAGACCUGAGAGAACAGACUCAUGCACGGCAUUAUGAGCUGUAUAGACGCUGCAAACUGGAAGAGAUGGGCUUCAGAGACACAGGCCCUGAAAACAAACCAGUCAGGGUCCCCCUACUAAAGGGUUACACAGAUAGCAAAAAGUCUAUAUCUCACAGCCACGCUUCUGUAGAAAGUCUACAGGAGACCUAUGAAGCUAAGCGGCAUGAGUUCUUUGGCGAAUUGCAGCGGAAGGAGGAGGAGAUGAGACAGAUGUUUGUGCAGAGAGUCAAGGAGAAAGAAGCAAUAUUGAAAGAAGCUGAGCGAGAGCUGCAGGCUAAAUUUGAACAUCUUAAGCGACUUCACCAAGAAGAGAGGAUGAAGCUGGAGGAAAAAAGAAAACUCCUGGAAGAUGAUAUGAUUGCAUUCAAUAAGAGGAAAGCUGCUACUGAGUUACUUCAAGCACAGGCAUUUGCAUCUACACCUAGCGUUAGUUUGAAAAAAGACAAGGACCGUAAAAACUUUAUGUAAUACAGAGGAUUAUGGCAAGCAAAUGUUUAAAAUUAUACAAAAACACUGUCCUGAUUUUGUGAUCUAAGCUUUCUAAUGAAAACGAAUCAUGGUCUUCAGUGCUGCAGUGUUGCAUGCUAAUAUAUUUGUAGUUGACAUUACUAAUUGAAGACCAAGUCAUUAAAAAAUAUAGUCUAAUCCACUUUCAUCUGCUUUUCAGUCUUUGGCCUCUUUACAUGUAUUCCCUGGUUCAGAAGCUGGGCAUUUUUUAAAUAAACUAGGCUAUUAAAGACACACAUAAGUAACUUUACAAACAUGGCUAGUCCCAUUUAUUUCAAUGAGACUUCUUGCAUGCAUAAGUUAAACAUGUGUAUAAGUGUUUCCAGGAUUGGAGCCUUUCUUUAUUUGUAUCUCUUUACUACAUAAAGACAAACUGUUUUGUGGCUUACAGAAUAGUUUGAAGAAUCGUUUUUUAAAAACAAACUUUGGAAAGUAACCAUAGCUUUGUAGUGUUAAAAUUGUCAUACAUCUAGAACAGAUGGCUAAACUUCCCUUUUGUUAACUUCAGCAUCUUUAGGUUAAAGCACGUUUAAAACAAUUCUUAUAUUUUAAAAGUCCCCGAUAACUAUUUAUCUGCAAUAAUCUAUAGACGAUGUAAUUCUCCAAAGAUGACUUGUACAUUACUAUUUUUGAAAUAAAAUAUUAAUACAUAACUUCACUGAAAUAAAAUGUACUUGCUGAAA